GUUGAUAACAAAUUUUUCAGCUCUGCUUUAAUAGCAAGCACAGAAGCAGUGUUUCCGUUUGAUAAUCAAUGUAAAUCUCCAUAUAAAGUUAAUAGUCAAGCUAGUUUGAAUUGGGCAAGACAUGCACUACAACAGAAUGGAGAAAAUAGAAGCUUCUGGGUUGAUGGCACGAUUUCAGGCAGUACAAUUACAUUCAGUGAUGGUUCAACAAUGUCAGUAGAUUCGUCUUUGUUUCACAGUAAUGAACAAAAUGGAAGUGGGCAAUGUCUCCAUUUGUGGUGGUACAACAAUGACUGGAAAUUGGAUGAUACGACGUGCGACUACAAUCAGAAGUAUCUAUGUGCAGAUUUACCGCGUCCUAGUUCUAGUACAGCGCAUCCGGCUAAUGCUCAGUGUGAUUCUGGAUCUCUAUUCCAAGUUGUUGACCAGAACGAUUUAGAACGUGGACAGAUCGUAAUUAAAACAAAUGGAGAGAAUAGAAGUUUCUGGGUGGAUGGGAGCAUAUCAGGCAAUACCAUUACGUUCACUGGUGGUUCAACAAUAUUGGUUUAUUCAGAAUUGUUUCAACCAAAUGAGCCCAAUGGAAGUGGUUCCUGUCUCCAUUUGUG